UUAUCAGUUGUGUACUUCGAGACGAGUUUAAUCAUUAAUGAUUUUACAACGAUCGGAAGAUAUCAAAAUGUCAACAAAAAUGGUCUAAAAGUGGGUGGUACAUACUCUAAAACAAAAGGAUAGCGUGUUUUUUUUUUUGCGUAUAAUUUUGAGAUAUUUCUGGAUUUUAUAAAAAAAGAAUAACUGCAUAAGGACAUAGUCAUCACUUAUUGCAACAUGGCUGACAAAUCAUCUGAAGAUCUGAAGAAAGUGAUUAAGGAAGCGUUUUUCAUGUUUGACGUGAGUAACAAAGGAAAGAUAGAGACGUCACAACUUGGCACGGCGGUGCGAUCACUAGGCCAGAAUCCUUCUGAAGACGACAUCAAAAAGAUGAUCAAAGAGGCAGACAAAAAAGGGAGUGGUUUUAUUGAAGAAAAAGACUUUAUCUCCACAGUUGCAAAAUUCUGGAAACCUGUCAAUUCGGAAGAUGACGUAAUUGAUGCAUUCAGAGUAUUUGAUCGAGAAGGCACGGGUUAUUUAGAUGCAAAGCAACUAAAGCACGUGUUACUCAAUCUUGGAGAGAAACUGGACGAGAAAGAGGUCGAUGAAUUAUUAAAAGAGGCCGACCUAGAUGCUGAUGGACAACUUAAUUAUACAUCGUUAACACAACUUCUGUUGGAGAGUGCCCUAAAGAGAUGAUAGCUGUCGUUUAUGGCAUGCGUGCAUUUUCAAGAAGAUUCCAUCACACGAAGGACUUGAAUUCAAGUUACAUUUUGGACGUUCGAACGUGUUUAUAUAUACACCAUACAGAUAUAAUAUAUACACCAACACCUACUUUUACUACAAGUGUCUAGAUAAUUAUAGCAAAAUAUGUUCGUUAGUAUACUUAUAGCUGUAAAAACUAGUAUACUGAACUAUUUUUCUCUAUCAGAUAGUUCCUUGUUUGAAAGAUUGUGCAAAUAAAGUUCAAAAUAAAAGUA